UAAAAUCAUUUGAUCGUAUAUUCAGGAUGUUGAUUGGUCCAAUUUAAAAUUAAACGGCAACGGCCAACUGUAAACUCCGAACGACUCAACGUCCCAAAACAAAAGGACACGAUAAACUGUGUAGUCGAGAACUGUCUGAUCAUAGAGUAGUACCAUCAGUUCCAUGUGAGUUCAGAGUCGUGACUCGCGUUCCUACUAGGCUAAUGGCAUUAUGGCAAAUGGAUGUGUACAGCGGUACAGUAAAAUUCAUUCGGCUUUAGGAUUUGACGUACGUAUUCCAGAUUCGGCUGAUCUCUUUUCCAUGUUCUAAAUUUAAAUUUAAAACUAUUAUCUGAAGACCGUUUUUUCCUGAAAUAAAAUAUUGUCCAGUGAAAUUGUUCGUCGAGACUUAAAAUUUCUUCUUAUUAUAUGGUCGAUUGUCCUGAAGCUGAGCCAAAACCUAUAUUAUAAUAACUUAAACAAAUUAUUAGCGCACCACUUCGUUACCGUUUUAUGUUUAAAAUAUGAAAUCUUCACGUUCCACAUCUUCUAAAAACCCCAGUAGAUUCGCAAGAAGGUUAAUGUCCGAAUCGUCGGACGAUAGCGACGAAAAAGGAUCAUCAAAUGCACAGAUGGAUAGUGCUCGGGCAGAGAAAGCGUUUGCUCGUCACAGACGACAAACACCCACUCCAAACAGUUCAAAUGUUACAGACGAUUCUGUUUGUGUUAAACCUGACAGAACAUUAUUCAGAUUGUCCGAUACUGAUUCGGAAGUAACACGUGGAAGUAGCAGAGUUGAUAAAAAGCAAUCUUCUAAGUAUCAUGAUAAAACUACUUCUCCUGAUACUUCAGUAAAUGAAUCAAUUUUCAAACCUAUAAAAAGAAAUUUGGCCAAGUAUCGAAAUAUAUUACUAUCAAGCGAUGACGAACAAUCAAAAUAUAGUAGUUGUGAUGAAUCAGGCGACAACUCUAUGUCUAAAAAAAGUCCAUCUUUAAUAGAAUCUGAUGAAAGUGGUGAAGAAGUUUUACUUGAAGAAUACAUGGAUAAACCUACCGGGACAACAAAUAUUGUGGCUAAUGAAUCUUUUAAACUUCAAGGAAAGUUUAAAACCAAACAAAGUUUAAUUUUAAACUCUAGUAAUGAAACGGUGACAAAGAGUGUUAUUUUUGAUGAAACUAAUUUGAAGUCGGAGUCAGAUUCAGAUAUUAUAAAUUCACCACAAUAUCAACAAUUCAAAAUACCGAAAAAAGUUAGUCAUGAAGAAUCUGAAAUUGAAUCAAAAUUAGAUGAUUUAUCUAUAAUUGAACCUAGUGAUUCUGAUACUGAUGUUUCUGCGCAUCAUAAAUCAACUGUUACAUCUUCUAAACAAAACCGACCAUUUAUUGAUGACUUGAAAUUUUCAAACACUAUCUAUUCGUUACAUGAUCCAAUAUCUCAGAGUAGUAUUUUAGAAUAUCCAAAUUCUAAAGAAGUUAUUAUAGAACAGCCAUCAAAUAUUAAUAAAAAUGAGAAAAUUAUUGAAACGAUUGAUUUGGUUGGUGACAGCCCAAAAACCUCUAAAUUACAUUUUCCGAAACAACCUAAUGUAACAAUUGAUUUGACUGAAGAAAAGGUAGAUGAAAAAUCUUCCAUAUCUUCAAAAGAUAUUUCAGUUGCCAAUACAAAAAAAAUGACUAAUGGGGAUUUUCAAUCUCUGAAAAUGGAAAAACUAAGAUUAGAAGAAAUUCUAAGUCGAUAUACAAAAAAUAUCGCUAACAUGAAACACACUAUGCAAAUAACAAAUUUAAAUUUAUUGCCUGACGGUGGUUAUAAAUUAAAAAGGGCUAUUGUAAAAGAAGAAAGUGCAUUUACAGAUACAAAAAUACAACUAAAUAAUGUACUCAAAAAAAUGGAAGAUUACCCAGAUGAAUUAAAAAUGUCUUCAAAACCUCACUCGUAUCAAUUACAAACAUUAAAUAUUAAUAGUGCAUUGACUAAAAAGGCGGCCGGUAAUAUCGACAUUAAUGCCAUGGGUGACAAAGCUUUGAGUACUUAUCGCACACAGCAAACUUUGACUUUAGACGUACUUAAUAGUUUACACAAAUCAUUAGAAACUUGCCCAACUUCCAAUAUUUUAGCCGAUGACCCACAAAAACUUAAAGUGGAACUUAUGCCCCACCAAAAACAUGCUAUAGCGUGGCUGAUGUGGAGAGAGAGUCAAAAACCACACGGGGGUAUUUUAGCUGAUGAUAUGGGCUUAGGAAAGACUUUAUCAAUGAUUUCUCUAAUUCUUAAAGCUUAUGAAGCUGAAAAAGAUUCUGACGAAGACUCUGAAACGGAUGAUUCUGACGAAGACUCAAAUCUAAAUUCUUUUAAAGGUGGAACUCUUAUCAUAUGCCCAUCGUCAUUAAUCAGCCAAUGGGAAAAUGAAGUCAAAUCUAAAGUAAAGCCAAGAGUUUUAGAUGUACUUAAAUAUUAUGGACCAAAUAGAGAAUCUUCUGCUAGACGAUUGGCUAAAAAACAUAUAGUCUUGACUACAUAUCAUACGGUCAUGUGGGACCAAAAAAAUCAUAACAAGACAAGCCCACUGUAUAAUAUUAAAUGGUGCAGAAUAAUUCUCGAUGAAGCCCAUACAAUUAGAAAUCAUAAAAGUCAAACGUCUGUAGCAGUAAGUUCACUUUCUGGUGUUAAUCGAUGGGCAUUAACUGGCACUCCGAUCCAUAAUAAAGAAGCUGAUUUUUAUGCACUGUUAAAAUUCAUUAAGUGUCGCCCCUUCGAUGAUUGGGCAGUAUGGAAACGUUGGGUAGGUAAUAAUGAUGAAGCUGGUAAAAACAGACUUUCUUUAUUAACUAAGACACUUAUGUUGAGACGAACAAAAGUUCAGCUACAAAAAACAACAACAUUUAAUUUACCAGAAAAAACAUUUCACACCAUCAAAGUUGAAUUAUUUAAAGAAGAAAAAGAAGCAUAUGAAAAAGUGUUACAUUUCUCGAGUUCACUGUUUGCUACAUAUCUCUACGAAAAAGCCGACAAAGAAAAUGCUAUUGCAAGUGGCUUUCCAGUUAAACACAAAGCUAAAUAUUUAACUCAAAAUAGUGACAAUGUUUUUAAAGACCAUCCUGAGCUGGACAAAUUAUUUAAGCAAUUAGUAAAUAACAAAAACAUUCAAACCCAUCAUAUCUUAGUUUUAAUACUACGAUUAAGACAACUUUGUUGUCAUCCUUGUUUGUUGAAAAAUAUGUUGGAAGAUGAAUGUCUGAAGACUGAUGGCAUACAAGAUAAAGGAGAUUUAGAUAUAAUAGACAAAAUGAGUCGAAUGUCUAUUUGCAUUCCAAAUGUUGAAGCUGAUACUGUUGAAAAUAAUAAUGCAAUUUUUAAUGAAAAAUGGAUUAGUUCUAAGAUUAAAGCUGUCUGUGAUAUGGUGAAUGAAAAAGUAUUGCAUACUGAUGAUAAGGCUGUAAUUGUGUCUCAGUGGCCAAGCGUGUUACACCUUGUGAACAAACAAUUAUCUCAGUAUAACGUUAAAACUGAGAUAUUCAGUGGAGCUGUUCCUGUUCUACAUAGGAAUAACAUAAUUAGUGAAUUCAACAAAGUCAAAGGCGGACCUAAAAUUUUACUUUUGUCACUAACUGCCGGUGGUGUUGGCCUCAAUUUAGUAGUUGCCAACCACUUGUUUCUAGUGGAUAUCCACUGGAAUCCACAACUUGAAGCACAAGCAUGUGAUCGCAUUUAUAGAGUAGGACAACAAAAACCAGUCAAUGUAUACAAGUUUCUUUGUGAUAAUACUAUUGAAACAUCAAUUCAAAAAAUUCAAACACAGAAGCUUGAAAUUGCUAGUACUGUUUUUGGUGGCUCUAGAAAUGUUGAAGGUACUAAGAUAACUUUAGAUGACCUCAAACAAAUAUUUAAUAUGAACCCUAAUAAAGUCAAUCCUUAAAUUUGUUAAAUUUGUUCAUACUUUUAUACUUAGUUUUAACGACUCAAAUCAUUUUAAACUGUAUACAUAAUUCAUAAUUUAUGAUUUAUUUUAAUUAUUACUUUGGAAACAAAUGUGCUAAUAUUUUG